UGAUGUGCAGCGUGAAUAUUUUAAACUUUGGACAUGUUGUCCGAUUUUUCGUUCUGGCAUGUGAUUUCUGCUGAAGUCUAAAGGUCGCACCAAUAGGUGUAACCUUUUAUAGUGUUCAGAAGAUAGGCGCACUGAUUGUUUUUGAGAUUUCUUUACAAGGCGGAAGUUAAUGCAACGCUCAAGGAACGAACAAAAUUUUAAUAUGAUUUUUUGUAACUUUUAUCAACGGCAGCUUGUACUGGUCGUUUUAUAUUUGUAAUAAAAACCGAAUCAAUUGUUAAAUAUGCCACGAGUUCUCUCUGCAAACAUAAAGACCUCGAAUUAUUUUUUUUUCGCAAUGACAGUCGAAAAUUAUUCUAACGAACUGUUCAGCGGUGUUCGCUGAAUUUGCAAUGAAUUUUGAUGACUGGUGGGGCUUCAAAUGCAUUGAACUCUAAACACAAGUCCUGUGGGAAAAUUUUUAUUCAAAUAAGCGAGCGUCCGAGCUGCCAGCGGACACUGUUAAUACUGGUUCAUUGCAGCAGGGUCAUUUUAUUAAGCGCUCAGCAUGUCCGACGGAGUAGUUUUGCAGCAGGGUGAAGGGGUUGAGCAGGUGGACCAAAAUUUCCAACUACGACGAAGUGCCUCCUGGGGAGUGCCACCUGAAAAUCCUGAAGAAGCCGACAUUCCCUCUGAUGACGAGGACAUUAUUGAGGCCAGAGAAAAGCGUCUGGCCAACAAGCCGGCCAACUCAUCCAAAGGCCAGUUGGAUUUGUACAAGGAGGUGAUGCGACGAAGCCUUCAAGAGCCAGAAAAGUUUUGGGCGCAGGUGGCCAGCGAAAUUUACUGGAACAAGCCCUGGGACAAAGUUUUGGACAACUCAAAGGUGCCCUUUACCCACUGGUUUUCUGGUGGAGAGUUAAACGUUUGUUACAACGCCGUCGACCGACACGUCCUGGCAGGCAGGGGCGAUAAAGUCGCCCUGAUCCACGACAGUCCAGUCACUAACUCACUGCGACAUGUCACCUACAGAGAGCUGCAGCAGCAGGUCAGUCUUCUUGCUGGAGCCUUGCUCAACCUUGACGUUGUCAAAGGGGACCGAGUUCUCAUUUACAUGCCAAUGAUCCCAGAAGCGAUUAUUGCUAUGCUGGCUUCCGCCAGAAUCGGAGCUAUCCACUCAGUUGUUUUUGGAGGGUUUGCGGCGAGGGAGCUGUGCGCGCGUCUGGAGCACUGUCGGCCAAAGGUUGUGAUCCUGGCAAACUGCGGUGUGGAGCCAUCCAGGGUGGUGCCAUACAGGGCCAUCCUGCACCAGGCACUGGCAAUGUGCCGCUCCUCGCUGCUGGAGCCGCCGCCGGGCGAGGGGCUCACCUGCCUGCUGUACCAGCGGCCAGGAGUGCUCUGCCCCACUACACCAACCGCCCUGCUGCCCCCGGGAGUCAGAAUCGUGGCCUGGGAGGCCGCCCUCGCCAGGGCUGAGCCAGCGCCUUGCCUGCCUGUUGAGUCCUCGCAUCCCUUGUACAUUCUCUACACUUCAGGCACUACGGCACAUCCCAAGGGUGUUCUUCGCCCAUCAGGUGGCCACGCCGCUGUCCUCGGCUGGACAAUGAGAACAAUCUACGGCAUGGGAUCAGACGAAGUGUGGUGGGCCGCGUCUGAUAUGGGUUGGGUCGUGGGACACUCCUACAGCUGCUACGCACCGCUGAUAAACGGAAACACAUCUCUCAUGUACGAGGGAAAGCCAGACAGGACGCCAGACGCAGGGCAGUACUUCAGACUGAUUGAGCGGCACAGAGUCAGCGCCCUUUUUACCGCGCCAACAGCUCUUCGUAUUAUUAAACGAGAGGAUGCUGGGAUUGUCCUUGGAAGAAAACAUAAUGUUAACUCUCUCAAGUACUUGUUUGUCGCUGGUGAGCAUUGUGACUCUGGGACCAGACUAUGGGCCGAAAAGGCUUUCAAGGUGCCAGUUUUGAACCACUGGUGGCAGACAGAAACUGGGCACGCCAUCACGGCCACUGCUGUUGGUUUGGGCCAUUCCUUGAAACCCCCAGAAUUCAGCACUGGAAUGCCAUUUGCAGGUUUUGAUGUUCGCGUUUUGAGGGAGGAUGGGAGCGAAGCUGACCGUGGAGAACUGGGAAGGAUCGCUUGUAAGCUGCCUUUGCCGCCAGGUGUGAUGAGCACCCUGUACGAGGCUAAUGGCAGGUUCAAGACUACCUACUUUGGCAAAUACGAGGGUUUCUAUGACACAAUGGACGCCGGUUACAUUGACGAAGACGGCUACGUGUACGUCACGGCGAGGGAUGACGACAUUAUCAACGUGGCUGGACACCGGCUGUCGACGAACGCUAUCGAGGACGUGGUGAUGACCCACUCCUGCGUGGUGGAUGCUGCGGUGGUCGGCGUUCCAGACCCCACUAAGGGUCAAACUCCUCUUUGCCUCUAUGUAAUGGCGCCAGGAAAUUGUUCAUCAGAAGAAGGCCUAAACCAAGAGCUUUUCCAACUCGUGAGAGAGAUGAUCGGCCCGAUUGCUGCAUUCAACAAGGCCGUGGCGGUGCAGGCCAUUCCCCGGACUCGCUCAGGCAAAAUUCCUCGCAAUUCGAUAGCCCAGUUGGCCUCAUCAAAACUUACCAAGAUUCCAAGCACCGUGGAAGAUCCAAAUGUUUAUUUUGAGUUAGCAACCACUUUGCAGAGAAUCGGUUUGGCAAAUAACGCAAAACUGCGGUGAACGCCUUUUAUUAACGUGAUAGCAAAGAAUAUUAUGUAGUAUUUUUUAAAUUCAAUUUUUUACAAUAUAUUGUUUGAUUGAUAAAUAUUAUAUAACUGCAUGUAACUUGUUAAUAUCUCUGAACAAAUUGUGGGUUAAAUAAUAAUAAAAAUCAUUUUAUUGGAAAAUUAAA